CUGACUUUUAAUCGGUCGGUAUGGAGCGGGUCUCGAGAUUGUUUUGGCCAGUACUUGUUACACCGAAAAAUGCUGUUGCUAAGAAUUUGGAGGGGAUUUCUCGAAGCCAGAGGCUUCUGACCGAAAUGGGUUUGGUUAAGCCGGCUCAUAAUGGAACCUAUCAGCUAAUGCCAUUGGCGCAGCGUGUAAUUGACAAGUGUGCAAAUUUGGUACGGCAACAAAUGUGCGCUGUGGGUGGACAGCAAAUAUCAAUGCCUGUAUUAACUCCAUCAGAACUUUGGAAGAAGUCCGGACGAUUAGAGGGUGAUAUAACAGAAUUCUAUCUGGUGCGUGAUCGGCACGAAAAACAGUUUCUACUGAGCCCGACGCACGAGGAAGCAGUAACCGCUAUGUUAGCAUCCAUUGCUCCGAUUUCCUACAAGCAAUUACCUUUGCGUCUAUUCCAAAUUGGUUCAAAAUUCCGUGACGAACUGAAACCACGAUUUGGUCUCAUACGUUCAAAGGAAUUCAUUAUGAAGGACCUGUAUACAUUUGACCGAGAUGCAGCAGCAGCAUUGCAGACGUACAACCAGUUGAAUGCUGCUUACGAUACGCUGUUUCAGCAGUUGGAAGUGCCAUUUGUAAAAGUUAAAGCUGCUACGGGCAUGAUGGGAGGCAGUGUAUCACACGAGUACCACUAUCUCGCUUCCUCAGGAGAAGAUCAACUUGUUACAUGCGAUGCUUGUGGAUAUGCGGCCAACGUUGAAGCAACUGAGGAAACAAAUAGUAGCAAAAUAUGCCCCCAUUGCCAUUGUACUAAUGUUCAGCGUGUGCGUGGAAUUGAAGUGGGGCACACUUUUCUGCUGAACGACAAGUAUUCUCGGCCGCUGAAGGCAACAUUCUUACAAGAGAAUGGAAAACCAGAAUUUCUCGUAAUGGGUUGUUAUGGUAUUGGGGUUAGUCGGCUAGUGGCAGCCGCAGUAGAAGUACUUUCAAACGAAAGUGAGCUGCGAUGGCCAACACUGUUGGCCCCUUACGACCUAUGUAUAAUAGGUGCUAAAAAGGGUAGUAAAGAAGAAAAAGUCGCCAAUGAAAUAGAAAAUGAGUUUUGUCACUCUCUCGGAGAAAUUGGUUGUGCUGAGGACGUGCUGAUUGAUGACCGUAAUUACUUAACAAUAGGCAAAAGACUGAUCGACGCAAAAAGAAUGGGUUAUCCUGUAAUCAUUGUAAUUGGCAGUAAAACCACUAGCCCAACGCCAAAAGUGGAGCUACAUUUGGGUCAAGCCACGAUGGAAAUUGAACCAAAAGAGGCACUAGCCGUAGUCGCGCAAUACAUAAAAGAGAAGCACAAACUUUACAACACAACAUUGAACUCUAGUCAAGAUAAGCAUACAAGUAAAGCAGCUGUUUUAUAGUUACGGGUCUUACAUCACACUGUAAUAAUUAAAAAUCCAUAUGAUUUCCAUCAUUUAUUUGAAAUUGUUUCUUUAGCUAAAUACUUAUAAUAUAAUAAUUAA